UUCAAACUGGGUAGCCAUGUUUUUGAUCCGCGGCCUCGAGAUUAGCCCACAGAAGUUCAAACUACUAUCUGGCCUUCGUCGUCUUCUCCGAUUCCCUGUCUCUUUCGGCAACUUCUCUCGUUGCAGGUACAGCCAUCACCGUCCAAAGAACGUCCAUUUUGAUCUCUCAAUACAUUGAAGCCAUUCCAAAAUCAUGAACCCUACAGCUCUUUGUUUCGUUUGGUUCUUCACAUUCUGCACUCGUUUUGCCGCUAGUCUGAACUCCGAUGGCUUCUCUCUUCUGGCCCUCAAAGCUGCCAUUGUUUCCGAUCCCAAAGAGGCUCUGUCCACUUGGUCCGAGUCCGACUCGACCCCGUGCCAUUGGGCCGGUAUCGCCUGCGAUCACGACCAGCGAGUAACCGCCAUUUCCCUCUCCGGUAAGGGCUUCGCCGGCUACAUCCCCUCCGAGCUCGGCGCUCUUCUCUCUCUCCGCCACCUCUCUCUAUCUCACAACAACUUCUCCAAGCCCAUUCCCGCCCACCUCUUCAACGCCACCAGCCUUCUCUCCCUAGACCUCUCUCACAACUCUCUCUCCGGACGCAUUCCCGACCAGAUUACCAACGUUCAGACCCUGACCCACCUGGACCUAUCCUCCAAUUUUCUUAAUGGGUCCUUGCCCGAAUACCUCAGCAAUCUGACCCGCCUCGGCGGAACGGUGAAUUUGUCCUACAACCGCUUCUCCGGCGAGGUUCCGGCGUCGUACGGACAGUUUCCGGUUAUGGUCAGCUUGGAUCUCGGGCACAACAACCUCACCGGAAAAAUACCCCAGGUGGGUUCCUUGCUGAAUCAGGGCCCCACCGCGUUCUCCGGCAACCCCAAUCUAUGUGGGUUUCCGCUCCAGACGCCAUGCUCAGAACCAGAAGCUCAAAACCCUAAGUUCCUCUCGAAGCCGGAAGACCCUAAAAAGCCGAAUUCUAGAAACGGGCUUGGGGAGAAAGAGACGGUGAAGUCUGGGUCAGCGACGGUUCCGAUAAUUUCCGGCAUCUCAGUGGUGAUCGGAAUGGUGUUUGUGUCGGCGUGGGUGUUCCGGAAAAAAUGGAGGUCCGGCGGGGGCAAAACGGGAAAGGAAAAGAUGGCGGAGGAAGGGGAGGCUGCGGCGGCAGCGGGGAGCGAGGAAGGGCAAAAAGGGAAAUUCGUGGUGGUGGAUGAGGAAGGGUUUGGGCUGGAACUGGAGGAUUUGCUGAGGGCAUCGGCAUACGUGGUGGGCAAGAGCCGAAACGGCAUCGUUUACAAGGUGGUGGCGGGGAGGGGAUCCGGUGAGGUGGUUGCAGUCCGGCGCCUGAGCGAGGGGGACGCCACGUGGCGGUUCAAGGACUUUGAGGCCGAGGUGGAGGCCAUCGGUAGGGUCCAACAUCCCAACAUCGUGCGGCUGAGAGCUUAUUACUACGCCGAUGAUGAGAAACUUCUCGUUUCUGAUUUCAUCCGCAACGGAAGCCUGUACACCGCGCUGCAUGGAGGACUGGCCCAUCCCUUGCUGCCAUUAUCGUGGGCAGCGAGGUUGAAGAUCGCUCGAGGGAUUGUGAGGGGUCUCAUGCACAUUCACGAGUGCAGCCCCAGAAAACACGUCCACGGGAACAUAAAAUCGUCCAAAAUCCUUCUCGACGAUGACCUCCACCCGUAUGUUUCCGACUUUGGACUCACCCGUCUUGUUUCAAGCACCUCAAAGCCCAGCAAUGGCACCUCACGGAAGCAGAGCUUCGAACAGAUCAUAGUAAGCCCCAAAAGUUCUGCCUCUUCAUCCAUCGUGUACACGGCACCUGAGGCUCGAGCUCCUGGAAGCAGGCUGACGCAGAAAUGCGAUGUUUACUCCUUCGGGAUCGUGCUUCUGGAGAUCCUAACAGGACGUCUGCCAAGCGGGGGGCAAGAGAGUGACGACGGCAAGGGACUGGAGAGCCUUGUGAGGAAGGUGUUCCGAGAGGAAAGAGCCCUGUCUGAGAUCAUUGACCCGGCGCUGCUGCACGAGGUCCAGGCCAAGAAACAAGUUGUCGCGGCGUUCCAUGUGGCGCUCAACUGCACGGAGCUCGAUCCUGAGGUCCGGCCAAGGAUGAGGACGGUUUCGGAGAGCCUUGACAGGAUCCGAUAGUGAUGGAGGAGCGGAGCAGAGUAGAGUAGAGGGAAAGCUUACAAGUUCUUGUAGAUCUUUCUUCAUCUUCUCCGCUAACUUGUAAUGGUUGAAUGUUGUGAGUGUUGAAUGCAUUAUGAGUUCACCAUCUUGAUGGA